AUGGCCGAUCCUCUUGUCUUGGCCUAUGCUCCCUUUGAUUCUGCCUCUCCUCUCGCACCCUCAGAGCUACAGGCUCUCUAUUUAUCUGCUUGCGACCCUCAGCUUCUCGAAACUGACCAGUUCACUAACCCUAGCUUCCCGUACUCGACUCUGUACAACUAUGCGCCGCUAGAUGCGCCGCGCGCCUCACCUUCAUCAAGUUUUAUCUCCAUUUGUCAGCCUGAGCCUUCUGUGCUUCUCAACGCUUCCUCGCCUCACAUGUCUCUCGGGCGUACUUUUUUUCUGUCUGAACCUGCCGAUACUCUCCAGCCUCUACCGAUCUAUGCAGCAUCGAAGAAAAAGUAUAAGCCUGUUUCCCGGAAUGUCCACCCAGUACGCGCAGACCUCCCAGACGAAUUCCGCAUCGUACGCAAAAUUGUAGGCGACCCGCUAGCCGACAUGCCCGUACUUCCCACCGAUCCGCCCCCAUACACUCCCACUGGCCACUAUACUGCCGAAUGCAAAACAGUUAUAGACCGCGCGCACCCAGACGGUUGUCUUUGGCCCCGCGAGCACGACUUGCUCCAUCACCUCAUGUCCAUGCAGAAUGAAGCUUUCACUUGGGAUGAUACCGAACGCGGUCACUUCCGCAAGGAUUUCUUCCCGCCCGUCAAGAUCCCUAUGCUCCCGCAUACGCCAUGGGUCGAGCGCAACAUACCUAUUCCACCAGGUAUCUUUUCAGAAGUCUGCGAACAGAUCAGAAUCAAGCAGGCCGCCGGUGUUUACGAGCUGUCAAACUUGUCUUACCGUGGCCGCUGGUUUACCGUCGUUAAGAAAGACGGCAAGAGUUUGCGUAUUGUGCAUUCGCUCGAGCCGCUGAACGCGGUCACUAUCACGCAUUCAGGAGUCCCGCCGUUCACGGAACAGCUCGCUGAUCAUUUUGCAGGCCGCGCGUGCGGCGCCGUCAUGGAUCUAUACACCGGAUACGACAAACAGCGUCUCCAUGAAGCUUACCGCAACUUAACGACUUUCCAGACUCCCUUCGGCGCAAUGCGACUAACGACAUUACCUAUGGGCUGGACGAAUUCGGUCCCGAUCUUCCAUGACAACGUCACGUACAUCCUCCAGCCAGAAGUCCCAGAGUUCACCCAGCCGUAUAUCAACGAUGUACCCAUACGCGGCCCAGCAACACGCUACGAGCUAGGCGACACCUACGAGACGAUCCCGGAGAACCCCAGUAUCUGCCAUUUUGUCUGGAAGCACCUCCUCGUCGUCAAUCGGAACAUACAGCGAAUGCGCUACUGUGGCGGCACCUUCUCCGGUUUCAAGGCUUACAUCUGCGUUCCCGAAUUCAUGAUCGCUGGCCAUCAGUGUACUUAUGCCGGACGUGUUCCCGACCCAACAAUCGUCAACAAGGUUCUUAACUGGGGCGACUGCCGCGACGUUUUGGAUGUACGCGCCUUUCUCGGUACAGUCGGCAUCGGCCGUAUGUUCAUAAAAGACUUUGCCAAACGCGCCUACCCGUUGCUCUCGCUCGUUCGCAAGGAGGCGGUCUUUACUGGGGGUCCGGAUCAGAUCGCGUCACAAGGCAAUCUCAAGACCGCGUUAAUCAACUCGCCGGCUCUUCGUUGA